AUGCAAUCUUUGAGCAGGUUUCUCACUGAUGCGCAAAUGGCAUGGUUAACUUCUUCUAUCAAUUGUUGUGCGGCGGGGGAAGAUGUGGAGAGCUCUGAACCAGAGAAAUCAAUGCGAAUAAUAAAUGGGCAACCUCAAUUAAUAUCUCCCCCAUUAUCACAACCUCCAGAAAGGCCGCCAACAGCAUCUGCUUUUGAAAGACCAGAAACUAGAGGAAAAGAAUGGGCGAGAACUCGAUCGAGGACGUCAAGUCGUGCAAGCAGCUUUACUUUGAAAAGAAAUUUAUCAUCUCGUGCGUCAAAUCGAAUGGUGAUUAGUGCGCCAUAUAACUUCCAACAUCAUACGGAAACGAGCUAUGUGAGAGAGCCCGAACGAGUCGUACUGAGGAAAGAACCGAAAUUGCGACCGUUAGAAUUGAGCAUAUACUUACCAGGAAAUCGAUUAUCGCCCUUGCCUGAAUUUGGACCUCACUUCAAUGAAGACACGAAGAAUCGUCCUUUGGUUCAUAUGAGAAGCGAGUCGGCAUUGGAAUUUAGGGUACCUAGAAAACCAGUUCUGUCGACAGUUAUGGAAAGGAGAUCGAUGAAUACUGAGGAGUUGUUGAAUGCUUUGUCAAGUGAUUUACCUCACGAACGUCCUACACGAUUGAGAGCAAAUACGGAACCACUUGCAUACGAGAGAGUAAAGUCUGCAUUGCUAGAGAAUAUGGAAUUGGAUAAAAAGUUAAAAGAACUUGAUGACGCUAUCGAGAGACGUAGUAUUUAUCUAGCCAGUCGACCAGUAAGUCGUGCAAGCCGAGCUGAGAGUCGACAUGAAAGACGUGAGAGUAUAUACUCGGAGUUCACAGAACCCAUGCCACCCAUCACCGAGCUUCCACUCCACCAUGUCGAUCAUCGCCCUCAGACCGCACCCUCUCGUCCUCGCCGCAUGAAAUCCCUAGACUCUUCUCUUCACGCACCUAAACUUCUUAAAGAACGUCCAUUACCUCCCCCUCUUCCAUUGGUUCUCCAAACACCUCAAAUUACAAAUCGAAGGAAAUCUCUAUCGCGAGUCUCCUCCUGGUUAUUCCCAUCCGGUUCCGAACAACAACACUCCCGUCACAUGUCUCUCGAUUCCGUUACCAACACUCCCAGACCCGUAACCUCUAGAGAUGGCUUUUAUCAAUGCAUCGAAGUCAAAGAAAUCCAUAACCCACACAGUGUGAGUAGUGUGAGUAGUAUCGAAAGUGAGAUUGAUGGCAAUGAAGAUUACGAAGCGACGAGUUGGAGUGAUAGUCCAAGUCUAGGAUAUGGAGCUAGAUACGCACGGGGAUUGGGGCAUGAAGUGAGAAUUAGCGCGGAUAGUAAGGGGUUGCAGGUCGCGCCACCAAGUAGAGAUGGCGCGAGAACAUUCGGUGGGAGUGAGAAGGGUGAGGAGGCUAGAUGGAGUAUGGCUUAUGGACAUGGACAUGGAAGAGAUAGCGUUGGAGUUGCAAUUUGA